GGAUCUGUGUCUGUAGGUGAACUUCCUGGCAGACCUGGUGAAUUGUCACGUGAUCGCGGCGCCGUCGCUCCUAGCCUGGUACGAGGCGUUUGUAAACGUCACGCUGGAGGAUGACAUACCCCAGGUUCGACCAGACUGGUUUGUGUAUGCCACCCUCAGCACACUACCAUGGGUUGCAAGGGAACUCUACGAGAAAAAAGAAGCUGAGAUGGAACGUUUGCUAACAAACAUCGACGCCUACAUCAGUAAGAGACAGAAGGUGCAUGUGCCCAUCCUGAGAGUGUGGUCCUCAGAUAUCCCCCACCCACAGGAAGAGUACCUGGACUGUCUGUGGGCACAGAUCAAGAAGAUGCGGAUGGACAAGUGGCAGGAGCGGCAGAUCGUGCGCCCGUACCUGGCCUUCGAUAACAUCCUGUGUGAGGCCCUGCAGCACAACCUGCCUCCGUACAACGCCCCGCCGCACACAGACGACUCGGCCUACCCCAUGCCUACUGUGGUCUUCAGGAUGUUCGACUACACAGAUGCACCAGAGGGUCCAGUGAUGCCAGGCCACCACUCUGUGGACAGAUAUCUGAUAGAAGAGAACCUGAGGAGGAUUAUUGACACGUAUGCUGUGGACAGGAAGGAAUGUGCUGCCCAACUGCUGAACUACCCCUUCAAGAACAAGAUUCCACUCAACUAUCACAUUGUUGAGGUGGUUUAUGGUCAGCUGUUCCAGCUACCGUUUGCCCCCCAUGUGGACGUGUUCUACACGACGCUGCUGAUCGAGCUGUGCAAGCUGCAGCCCAGCUCCCUGCCACAGGUCCUGGCACAGGCCACCGAGAUGCUGUACGAGAGAAUAGACACCAUGAACAUAUCAUGUGUGGACAGAUUUGUGAACUGGUUCUCUCACCACCUGAGCAACUUCCAGUUCAGAUGGAGCUGGGAUGACUGGGUUCCGUGUGUGGAGUUGGACAGCUCCCUCUACAAGCCCAAAUUUGUGCAGGAGGUGUUGGGAAAAUGCGUCAGAUUAUCGUACCACCAGAGGAUUGUAGAGACAGUCCCUGAUGCCUACGGGCCACUGCUGCCACACGAACCCAACCACGUCUACAAGUACGAACAGGAGGGAGCAGGUUCGUUACCGGGAACGGUGGCCGCCCAUCAGCUGAUCGCCUCCAUCAAGGCCAAGGCUGAACCCGAGGAGCUGAUGAACAUUCUUAAGGACCUGCCAAACCCCAAGAAGGAUGACGACGGUGAAGCAGCCUUCAACCCGCUGAAGAUAGAUGUGUUUGUACAGACAGUGCUGCACCUGGGCUGCAAGUCCUUCAGCCAUGCCUUCAGUGCACUGGCCAAAUUCCAUGGGAUUUUCCGGGAGCUGGCAGAAGAGGAGGAGGCUCAGAUCCACAUCUUACGCACCAUGUACGACGUGUGGAAAAAACACCCACAGAUGAUGUUUGUGCUUGUGGACAAGAUGCUGAGAACACAGAUUGUCAACUGUUCGGCCGUGGCCAACUGGCUCUUCUCCCACGACAUGUCCCAGGACUUCACCAGACUGUAUGUGUGGGAGAUUAUGCACUCUACUAUCAGGAAAAUGAACAAGCAUGUUGACAAGGUGCAGAAAGAACUGGGAGACGCUCAGCAGAAAACAGAGAAAAGUGGUGAUAAGAGUGGCAGUGAAGAUGAGAUGCAGGACAUGGACAGGGUGGACGAAGAGGAGAUCGAACGCCUUCAGGAAAGGCUGGAGUCGGCCCAGAGUGAGCAGAAGAAACUGUUCCUGGUCAUCUUCCAGCGUUUCAUCAUGGUGCUGACAGAACAUCUGGGUAGAUGCGAGACGUCGGGUAAAGACUUCAACACUGCCUGGUACAGAUAUUCCAUCGAGCGACUGCAACAGAUCUUCCUACAGCACCACAGCACAGUUACCAAGUACCUGGACACCCUGGAGAAUCUGCUCUUCACCUCAGACACAGAUGCCCACAUCCUGCAGGUGUUCCAACAGUUCUGUGCUCUGAGGGCUUGAGGCACAGUCACCAGAGCCACAGAGUACUGUUGUGUUGAACUGACAAAAUGGCAACAGCCAUAAAGUCAUCCACAAUGCUCUCUUGUAGAGUCCUUCAGAUAUGUUUGUGUAUAACAUAUAGCCUCUACCAGGUGCCAGGAAGCGGUUGGAAAGAGUAGAAAUUUUCCCAAAUAGGAAGAUGGUAUGCCAGGGGAGUUGGUCUGCGCUAAGAGCAGUUUUUGAUCAGCAAACUUCUCUUAGCACUGACAAACUCCCUAUUUGUCUAUUUUAUGAAUUUCUACUCUUUCCUGAAGCCUGGUAGAGUCUACAUAACCUAACGUAACCUGAUAGGUAUCCUAGGAUCAUGUGAAGCAAAGCAUUAUCGUCAUGUCAUGAAAUGUGUUUGCCUUGAUACCUUCAAUGUGCGAUACUGCUAUUGAAUUCUACAACCACACUCAGUAUCUCUCAACGUGAUGGUGAUAAUAUAUUUGGCUUCAGAUAUUUUGCCAUUUAAAGGCUAGGUUAGAUCACACCGGCCUCCCUAAAGGAUGCUAGAUUCAAGAGGAAAUUCUGGAUGACCUACCAAUACCUGCCACUAUUUUACUGUCAUAGGUUGUAUGUUUCCAGUAGUCAAUAAGGAUUUUGACAAUUUGCAUGGCAGUUGAGACCAGUCAAAACAGAGUAAUAGCUCCCUUUGUUUAGUCCCGUAGUUAAUCCAGUAUAAGAGUCAGCAACAGUAUCUGCUAUGUAGCUGAAUUCUUGCUGACAGUGAAUAGCCAAAAGUUACAAGAUGGCUUGUUGUUAUUGCUCAGAUAUUAUACAAGUGAUGAUUGUAACAGAAAUGUUUAAGUGACCCUCAGUGAUACUAACGUUACAUGUAUGUACCUGAAACAUACCGAUGCCAAAAAUUCCAAGCAGUAUCUAGUCCACACGCAGUUUUGGAAGUGGAGAGGGUUUAGAAAGUGUUACCUAAGUUUGGACAGUAUUUUCUGUUUACCAUUCAGAGAAAACAGAAGUAGCACAGAUUCAUUAACAGGCAACAUACUAGUAUUUAUGUGGAGCUGUGAUGUUAUGGCUGCUCAUUACAUUUACUACAACACAA